AUGACUUACCUUACAUUCAGGUGAGAUGGAAUUCAAUAGUAUUUCUCACCUUUUUCAUCAAAUUACUGGCACUCGUGACAAUUUUUUUUGGCCCCAUGGCGGGUUAUUUAGCAGUCGCCCUCAACCAAAAAUUCACAGCCGGUGAGUCAGCAAGGCGUCGGGUGCUUUGUUUGGUCCCUUGAUUUUACAUAAUGAUACAGUACAGGGCAAACGGACUCGUUUGUUACGUGCAAUAUUGUACAAAAACCGAGGUUUGACUGCACAUAACCAUCAUCACUACAGUGAUUGCACACUGUGACACAAUGGAACACAAAUACCAAUGCCUUCAUACCAGCCGCAGCUCUGUCUGCAAGAAAACCAGAAAAACCAGUGAUCCCACUGUAUUGUCUGACAUCAUGUGACCACCUAUACAACACAAAAGGCGAGACGGCCUCCGUGCGUUAGUGUCAGUCAACAGCCAACAUGCAUGUUUUGCAGUCAGCAUCCAUGAAGAUCUUGUUUUUUACAGUAUGUUGCUGCUUCUUUCUCCAGACUGAAGCCAGAGACCGCCAUGCCUCCUGUGAAAGUUGCCUCAUGGUAGCAAAAGAGUUGGAGAAAGCCGUGGAAGAGCCUGGAGGUGAAAGCAAAGGGACGCUUGUUGAUGACCUCAUCGGUACCGGCGAGGUGUGCAACAGGCUGCAGGCCUACAAGCAUUUCACCAAAGAAAAACUGACCUCCUCCUGCAUGCAACUCAUAGAGUCCCACUACGAGGAGUUCCAUGCAGCUUUGAUGAGUCCUAAACCACAGCGAUUGGAUGUGGUCCUUUGCUAUGAGAAGUCCACCGCAUGUGUUGGCGUGAAACGACACGCCUUUGAGGAUUCCACAAUCAAGUUUACAGACAGCCACAUCGAGGCUUUAAUCAAGGACAACAAGGAAAACGUGCGCUUUGCUCAACCUAUACGUCCUGGUUCACCUGUGAACUCAAAAGAUGAACUAUGAAAAAGAGAAAUGUGAAAUGUGUCAGGACUGAUGGCAACUGGUUUUUAUCAUCUUUAUAUUUCAGGAAUUUUAUAUUUGCGAGAUAACUGUGGUGGAAGAAUAAAUAAAGUGAUGAAGAUAGUGAUAACUAAUCCCUAAAAAGACUCAUUUAUCCUCCAUAAUACAGACCAUACAAUAAAUUGCAUUAAUAUGUUUUUGCUGUUAUGAUUAUUGCUACCAUGUUUCCUUGUUAUUAUUAUCGUUUUUAUUAUAUUAAAGGCAAUUCAAAAGAGGUCGAGAUAGUUAAUUUAAUUCCUUAUCAACGAAUGCAAGGUAAAGUAAUAAUGAAUCAGGUAACAGAAGAGCUCGUUCCAUUUCGCUCCACCUUACAACAUGUACUAUCUGCUAGCUCCUUCUACGUAUUAUAAAAACGUAAUUUUACCAGCAGUAUUAUUCAUUUGUUAUUGAAAAAUGGCAUAUGUGGUUAUAUACAAAUAUAGGCUCCAUUUAAAAAAAAAAAGCUAUCACACAGGAAAACACCAAGGUGGUGUGGGAAACAUGUUGGAACGCAGCCCGCUCGCUGUUGCUAGGAGGCGCUGUUGUAGCCCGGAAGAGGGGACGUCGACGGUGAUGGACAAGCCGGGAAAAAGGCGAGAAACCCCAGGUUUUUGUCACUGCCGUCGCUUUAUCGAUUCCCAACACACCCUGGGAGUGUUUUGACACCGAAGAAAAUCAACAAAAAACAGAAAAUACGUCGUUUUUUCUCCAUUUAGAUGCAUGCAUAGUGCGUGAAUUCAAAGAUGGAAAGCUACGAGGAGUUCUGCCUGCGAAGCCUGUCUGUGCUACAGGAGAAGGGGAAAUUCAAACGGUCAUUUGAGCCGCUCACCAAGACUUACUCUGUCAUCCUCUUCUGUGGUAAAGCUGUUCUGUCACCUGUGUUGAAUGCAGAGCAGCGUCACGAGAUGUGCAACUAUAGAAUGAUGGCCGUCCAGCUAGAAGCGGACCAGAGGAACCAGCAGAGGAACAAGCUUCCUGUCCAAGUUGGAGACAUCGUGGCGAGUUGUAUCACGCAAUCAGGAGAUUUAGUGGCUAAAGAAACACAAGACAGUGACAAACCAGUUUGCAAGGUACAACAAUUACCAAGGGACGAGCUUGAAAAGUCAUCACCUUCCAAACCAGCAACACUAAGCGGUUACACCCUGAUCACCGAUUCACCUGGCCUUCCCAAAGACUCUGGUAUUGGGCUUCAAACUUGUCUUCAGCUAAUCAGUCCAGCGGUUCCCAACGGUCUCAUAGCUGGGGAUGAGGGAAUGGUGGAGGCAGAAGACAAGAGUGAUGAGGAAGACAUGAGCAUGGACAGUCUUCUCAAGCAAACAAAAGAAGAUUACCAACAGAGUAAAGACGUUUCAGAAGUUGUCAUCCCAACAUCUGAGGCCAACUCAGAGAAAGAGAGCCCGAAGGGUGGCGUUGAGUUUGGCUUUAGUUUGCACCACAGCCCUCUUGGCCCUCCACAGACCCACAUCCAUCAAACUGUGCAUGAUCCUCAACAGCCUGUAUCAUCUUGUAUUCCAGAUCGCUAUAUAAGGCGGCACAGUCCAGAGUCUAGCUUCAGUCCCCAGGUACAGAGACGUAAACCACGCCCAUUCUCUACUGGGAAUAUAAACAUCUCAUUUCUAGGAAUGCCAGGGGAAGGAUCUGGACUGUCAGAUUGGAAAGAAGCUCUCUCUCUGGAUCACUGGAGCUCAGUAGGGAGUGAAAGUGUUCUCAAUAGGAGGGGUAGUCGCCAAUCCUCUUUCUGUGCGUCUAGUCCAGUUCGGGAAAACCACAGUCCCAUGAGUCCAUUAGGUCCCAGCCCGAUUGGGCAGCCUGAACGUCUGUCGUCAACAUUUCGCCGGCGCUCCCACACCAUGGACAGUCAGCUGGGUACCAACCAAGCUGGACCUGAUCACAUUGACCGCAGUCUAGAGAGGACACCUCGCUUCAUGGCGGGUGUCGUCACCAUCUCCCCUUCAAGUCGACGGAACUCGGCCGCCCCCUUAAACAAGUCAUACAGGGUAGAGAAUCGAUCACCACAUCUGCAGUGGGCGCAUGUUACUCCUGAGUUAACUCAGGCUAAGCACAGGACGGACCCUGAUGAUCCUCGAGGACAACGUGAGCUGCAUACCAACACAGAGGAGACCCAGAGGAGAACCCUGGAGGACAUGCAAAGGCAGUUGGAGGAGGAACAUGCCUUGCAGAUGUCCGUGCUCCUGGCUGAGCAGGAAAAAGAGCAACAGCACCUUCGUCUGGAGCUGGAAGACUCUGAAAGAAGACUUCGGGAGCAGGAGUCUGCGUGUCUCCAGAGCUCUGAUGCUUGUAGGUGGAACGGACUUCCAGCUGGGAGCCCGUUCACCUCUGGGAUAAGUCCUGCUCAUGUCUCAGCAGAGCGAUCACCAGGACACAGUAAAGGUUUCCCGAUUCCUGUCAGUCCUAAAGCGACCUCUCCCUCUGUCCUGUCUCCUACCUACCUUCGAGGGCCCAUUUGGGCAGCUGGCAAACCUCAUGCAAGGCAAUGUCAGGUUCUGACAGCAGAACAACAGAGAGCAUUGUGUCGAAUCGGCGCCAUCGCUCGUGGCUUCCUCAUGCGAAGGCUGCUGAAAACGCACAAGGUCAAACAUCUGCGUCAGACCAUCACGGAUACACAGGCGUUCAUUAGUUCCUUCCAGAGCGAAGCUCCCCUGAAAAGAGUCUCAGAACAAGAUCUUUGUCUUCAAGAAAGAGUCCGAGCGCAGUUGCGUGCAGCCCUUUACGACAUUCAUGAAAUCUUCUUUGAAAUGCCUCUGGAGGAUCGAUUGGUACUGCUGCAGCAGGACAGAGAGCUCUGUGUCGAGAAGAAGCUGCGAGACAUGGACAAAGCUAAGAGCCACAAGGAGAAAGUGAUUCUGUCUGCUGCUACGCAAAGGUCUCUGGACAGGAAAAAGAGGGAGGGGGAAUCACCAGGACAGGCUAGAAAGGUGAUGCAGAAGCCAAAAAGUCCUACACCUAACAGAGCUCAGAAGUCGAGCCAAGUCCAAAAGUCUGUCCCGAGCCAGCUAAACCGCCAGGGGAGCUGGUGCAAAAAGACCCCAGAAACCAGAGUAAAGCGCAUGGACAACUUGAAGAACCUGAAGAAGCAGCACUCUCUGGGCUAACAGGUGUCAACAGAGAACACAUACUGUACUUUCAACCACUACUAGUCCAUUUCACAGCAUAUUUGGUGACUUAUAUAUUAGGCGGUAGAACCAUGUGAUUCCUCCCGGCCAAUUAGUGACGAGUGGUCAUGAUAAUAGUGAAAACUUUUGAAUUCAUUAAAUCUAAACAUAUAUUAUGACCAGAAUGAACAUUUGGAAAAAGUUACCAAAGGAAAAAAUAACUAAAACAUAAAAAUCCAGGAUGUUGUCACUGAAUAAAUGAGCCUUGAGUGUCCAUAGUCGCAUAAAAAUAUGUUGUACAAUUGUAGUGAGCAACUAUAUAAAAAUGUGCCUAAAGAUAUACUGUACCUUUUAUUUAGUCUGAAAUGUAUUUAUUCACAAUUGGGUUGCAUAAGUGCUGUAAGUAUGAAUAUGUAAUAGUGUUUAAAGACCAGGGCAUUUACAUUUAUAUGCACUUUUACACAUGUUGCAUAUUAUUAGCAUCCAGUACUAUAUUUUUCUAUUUUGCCUUAGGUUCAUGCCAAAUUACAAGAAUUGUGAAUGUAUUUGUUUACAUGCUGACAAACCUUUUAUUUAUUCCUUAUACAUAUAUUUUUGUCUUGUGAUGUAAUAUAUUUAUUCACUUAAUAUUAUUACUUUUCUCUCACAAAAUUCUGACUUUAUCCUUGUAAUAUUUGUAAAGUUUAUUAUCGUGGUUUUUAUUGAAUUCAUUUUUUGCUUUUCAGUCCUUAAAUUUAUUAAGAUUUAUGCCUAAUUUACUGCAAGGUUUUUUGGAUUUUUAAAAAAAUAUAAGUUGAGAAUUAAAAGGUUACAAAAAUGUUAAAUUCCAAUGAUAAAAAAUGUUGUGCAUAUUCCUAAUUACAUAACCUCAUACUAUUCAAAGUUGUGCUUCAGUGGUGGUUCAUACUGAUUGAAAAUGAUAUCUUUGAUCUCAUUUCCAUUUUUUCAUGUUUUCUAUGAUUGGAAUCCAUCCAUCCAUCCAUUUUCUAUACCGCUUCUUCCUCAUUAGGGUCGCGGGGGCAUGCUGGAGCCUAUCCCAGCUGACUUCGGGCGACAGGCGGGGUACACCCUGGACUGGUCGCCAGCCAAUCGCAGGGCACAUAUAGACAAACAACCAUUCACACUCACAUUCAUACCUAUGGACAAUUUAGAGUCGCCAAUUAACCUAACAUGCAUGUUUUUGGAAUGUGGGAGGAAGCCGGAGUACCCGGAGAAAACCCCCCCACACACGGGGAGAACAUGCAAACUCCACACAGAAAUGCUCAGGGGAGAAUCGAACCCAGGUCUUCCCGAUCUCCAAGCUGUUACUGUGUUGGCCAACGCGCGAACCACUAGACCACCGUGCGGCAUGAUUGGAAUAAAUGAUUAAUUUAAUUAAUUUAAUGCAGAAUUGAUUUACAAAUUGCACCCAUGCAUAAAAACACAAAAUACAACAGAAAACGUGUAGGAAAACCCAAGCAGGUGUGUUAAUCCCACGAGUGAAGUCCACCAGCUGGCAGCCAUCUUCAUCUUCAUCACUGAGUGCAACUUUAAAGCAACGUCUGACCUCGGCACUGUUUAGUCUUCUUGUAGCUCUGUGACGUCACUUUUACCUGCAGUGUACUUGCUUUCAAGCUCUCUAGUUUAUACUUAAAGAACAAAACAACAACCUGCCUUAAUCCAAUACUCAUUUCCUUUCAACACAGGCUAGGUUUUAGUCUGCCCCUCCCACCCGCUUUUUAUUAACCUCUCUAAUGUCCACGUGUUUACUUCAUUUAUCACGAGUUAAUCAUAUUACGAGACCGGUUGACGCCAUAUAAUUCUGGUAGUAUGCUGCCCUCUGUUGGUGACAAGUGCUAUUACACGCUGGAGCGGCCGAACAUGCUGCUACUCUUAAAUAAAUGAUUAAAUAACACGUGAUGGAGUAUUCGUGCAAAAAUCACAAGCUGUACCGCCUUCAGUUUGAAAAAACAAACAGUUUUAAUGUUUUUGAUUGUCAGCAUGUCGGUCGAUUUGAAUGAUGAAACUUGGCCGUUCUUGUUUUGUUUUUUUUAAUAUUCUUUUUCCAAUUCUAUGGCUUCCUAAAUUGCAAGGUGUUUAGGACAUUUGCUACAUGCCUACACUCUUUACCUGUGGGGCCGAUUUGGUCCCUCUGGCUUCCACAUAUUAUUGAUUUUGUCAUCCUGACAUAUGACGCUUUUCCCGUGAAUAAUCUUAGCCCCUACCUUUUCAAAAUAAAGGGAAAACAGGUGUUAUGUGUGUGUGGUCUUAUUCAUGUAAUACGUUUUAUUGCACUUUUAUGA